AAAUCACCGGACGACGAACAUCGGAAUCGAGAGUGGAAAAGAGCAUCUGUGAAUUUCCUUUGCAUUUAGAUUGACCGGAAAGAGCCAGGAUGAGUGCAGUGACCGUCAUCAGCGGAUCGGACAUCGUGAAGAUCAACAUUUCCAACUCGCACAACGAUGCCGUCUCGUUCGAGCGGAAGUACAGCAAAUCACUGAAGAUUUCCGAAUUCAAGGGUAAAUUGGAGCCCAUCACCGGUGGGUCGGCGGCUACCAUGAAGCUGGAACUGUACAGCGGAGAUCGGCUGGUGAACCGAUUGGACGAUGACGAUAAGAUGCUGGGAUUCUACUCGAUCGAGGACGGAAUGCGGGUGCAUGUGAUAGACAACUUUGCCUUCGUGCAGGAGAAUGUGCAAAAGUUCGAACUGAGUCAGGAUGAGUACGACAAAAAGCAGGACAGCUUGAGGAACUUCUUGAGGCAGAACAAGCUGGGCAAGUACAACGAGGAAGAGAUGGCUAAGCUGGAGGAAGAACGCAAGAAACAGGAGGAAGAAGAUGCCAAGAAGCUGGAACAGGCCACGAUCGGUGCUCGUUGUAAGGUUAUGACCAAAGGACAACCCACCCGGCUGGGAACGGUCAUGUACAAGGGAGAACUGGAUGGUAAGCCGGGCGUUUUCAUCGGAGUAAAAUUCGACGAGCCUUUGGGAGUGAAUGAUGGAUCGACUCACGGAAAGCGCUAUUUCGACUGUCCUCCCAAGUAUGGUAGCUUCGUUGCAGCCAAGGCGGUAGAAAUUGGUGAUUUCCCUCCGGAGAGGGACGAACUAGAUGACGAAUUGUAAAUACUUGGCAUUCCAGAACUAAUCUCCUUUAUUGAAACUAAGUCAUUUCACCCGUGUCACCAGUUGGUUA